AUGUCCCUGGUUUCCUCUGUCGUCCCAAUCCUCCGGGCAGCGGAUCUACAGCCAAGCUCAAGAUCGACAAACACGUGCCUACUCAUCAUCCCGGAUUUCGGCGCUCAGAACAUGUCGCAUACUCAUCCUUGUUCACCAACAUCCAAAGCCUCAUUGCGUGGAAAAUAUGCAAAGUUCAGCGAUGUUCAUUUCCUUGCCUGCGUGAUGCAACAUGAGCUGGCUUUACACAACUCUACGGGUCGACUGACAUUUCUGAUCGACGGCAAGCGUUAUCGUCGUCAUGAGGUGAUGCGACGUAUUCGGAGAGCGCAGAGGGCAGGGACGUUCUCAAUGAGAGAGCCAAUGGGCGUAUCUACACAGCCCAAACACAUCCAGAUCGUCCAACGUAUUGAAAAUCGAGCAUACACCACACCAGGUGCUGGCUAUGUUUCAAUUCACGACAAUGAUCCGGACAUUUACCCGCGAUGGGCAGAGCUCAUGGACGAAUCCUCUCGAAAUUACUUCCUGCAGCUGGUACACAUGGAGCGUAACAUGUCAGUCCCAGCAUUGCCUUUUUAUAGCGACGAAUAUUCCAUAAAGGCCAGGUUCUUCUUCAACAUCAUCAAAUACUUCAGAGGGGCUUAUGACAAUGGUCAAUUUGUCUAUAACGAGCUAGGGGAGUACGUCAGUCAUGUGUCGCCCACGAGUAUCACCAAAAUCAACAACUUCUACAAAUGCUGCAUCACGGCAAUCGACCUUAUCGAGCGUGGGUACCACAUUCAAGGCUUUGCUUUGGUAUCAGACUCUCUGUGGCUUAUGGAACAAUUGCUGGAAGAACGCGAUCCCAAACUCAUAGACACCAUUUGUGAUGUCUCUGUGCUUCUCUUGAUAAGAGGCUGGAAUCGGAUGUAUGAAGUACUGAAUGAGAGAAUCUGCGCUAUAGUCGAGAUCCGGGCCGUGCACAGGAAAGAAGAACACCAACCUUGGGCACAGAUGUUUGACUGCUUAAAAAGACUACCUACUUCGCAAGCGCUGGAGCUCAUGCAGCAGGGCUGGAAGUGUGGCUACGACCAGCUCGAAGGUAUAUUUCCUGGACAUGCGUGGGAUGGACUCAACAUUUCCUGCUCUCCACAUCAUUCGCUACGAAUGGGGCAACACUUUUCACAGCUCUACCACGAGAUACUGUCGACGCCUGUCGCUUCGCCGCGACGAAACAAAGAACAUCCGAAUAGCACAAGCGAUAUUCAGCGGCAGUUCACUCGCGCCAAAGUCCGUCACUCCCUUGGAGGCCAUCAUGCAGCUCUCGAAGACUUGGAUUUGAUCGUUUCGAGGUGUUCCAAAGCCAGAGAGCAAGGCGAGAACAAAUGGAUGGCAUUGGAGGUUGAGGCUCUCGAGGUGUCGGCGCGGUGUCACUGCGCUAUCGGCGGCCUAGUCACAGCUUGUGGUGGUCAGUCCACUGCGGAAACGCUGCUCAGGACUGCCAUAACAAGGAGCACGACACUGUGGGGAGGCAAAUCAGCCACCACGAUCGCACUUAAGCACACAUUGUGGUCGUGGUGCUUGGAGCAAGGUCAAUUCAAGGAAGCCGAAUUGUUGCGACUGGCCAUUGAUGCAGUCGUAGUCAAGAUCGAGCCUUGA